GAACUUCUGUCACGUAGGGAUCAGCGCGUAUAUGCCAACAUACUACAAGUCGUAGAAUGUAGGCGUCUAUGUUUUACGCGACAACUUCCUAAAGGGAUCCGUCUACUAUAAUGGGCGUAGAGGAAGUGCAGGUCCUAACACAGGGCGCUCACGACGGCGGGGCCACGCGGUUCGUUUCAACAACAAUUCGUAACAGUCGAGUGCCGGUCUCGCGGGAUCGAAUGUCACUAUUGAAAUACCUGCUGUCCCUGUCCCACCUUUUGCCUUCGUGCUCUCUGAGGCCAUCGACGUCGUUCUGGCGCCUCGGACAGAAGACGGAUUGCCAAACCGAUUCAUCAUCAUGGUUGACUCCCCCUGGACACAGCAAAAUCCUUCCUUAUAUCUUCGCCGUACUUAACUCUUCCACACACGAAACGACUCACUUAUCACCCUUUCGGAUACUAUAUGGUAUCGAACCGCGCCAACUAUACGUCCUAUCCAACCCCCCGUCGAACGACUUCCUAACGACUCAAUCACAGCAUAGACACGACGCGUUUGACGCGAUCCAUCUAGCUGAGGCUAGAAUGAAGUUAAUAUAUAACUACAAAUAUCCUGGCUUAGGCGACUUGGAAGGCUACGCGUAUAUUGAAGAGAAACAGCGUGGGCACGUUGUAGGUGACCCGGAUAGAACAAGCAACUACCCAACUGCCAACAACUGGCCCAGUGCCGACCAGACGAGGUUAUAGCUGCAAACAGCUGUAAACUGUUAAUCUGCCAGCUGAAAAGGCAGCUGGGAGAAAAAAGGGGGAAGGAACGCAUAUUCAAAGGAGUGUUCUAUUGUCUGUAGAGUGAUGUCUACAGGAUUGCUAUGUGAUGAAGGUUGUACGAUGAGAAACUGAGUGCAAGACCCAUGUAAAUACAUAUUAGAAAGGCUACGUGGCCUAGUCUCGCCGCACCACUACACUUCAUACCUCCUUUGUCUUCGGG